CCUUUGCAUCCUUCCUCGGCCAUUUGCUACCGUCCUUCCUCUUCGUCAGUCGCCUUUCCCGCUGCUAUCUUUCUCCUACCUUAUCCUCAUAUUCGACCAUCCUCUCUCACCUAGCGCUAGCAGACAGUUCAAGCGCCUGCUGACCCUAGUCUACCUCACACGCUCUCUCGGCAGCAAAUUGUGAUUUGACUCAGCCCACUCCCGACUUCUUCCGUACCAUGUCCGUGGUAGCUCGGACUUGGCUGCGCAGCAGGGUCGCCGCGCCUGCGCCCCUGCUCCUUCGAAGGACCCUCGCUACCGCGCCUCGCCUCCCGCGACAGAUUCCUUCCACUGCGCCUGGUCCUUCGCGGUCGUUGGCGACCCAUGCGCCGGAUCUAGGCUCAAACGAGGUUGCAUCCUCCGUCUUCGCACCUCUCGAUAGCUUCGAGAAGCGUCACUUGGGACCCAGAGAACAUGACAUUGAGCAUAUGCUCAAGACACUGGAGUACACUUCCUACGACGACUUCAUCGCCGACGCGGUCCCCAGCGAUAUCAGACUGGCAAAGGACGCGGUCAGCCCCGACACCAUCCGACCCUUGUCGGAGAGCGAAUUGCUGCGUCGUGGUCAAGAGAUUGCAGCCAUGAACAAGGUGCACAAGAGCUUCAUUGGCAUGGGCUAUCACAACACUUUGGUUCCACCCGUCAUCCUACGCAACGUCCUCGAGAACCCAGCAUGGUACACCAGCUACACCCCUUACCAAGCUGAGAUCUCGCAGGGCAGGCUCGAGUCCUUGAUCAACUUCCAGACUAUGGUCAAGUCGCUCACCGGGCUUGACAUCGCCAAUGCAUCUUUGCUGGACGAAGGAACAGCAGCAGCAGAGGCAAUGGUCUUGGCCUAUGGUCAGUCCAAGAGCAAGAAGAAGACGCUUCUCGUUGAUCGUGGCGUUCUGCCCCAGACCAUCGCCGUCCUGCGUCAGCGAGCCAAGGGCUUCGGGAUCAGGGUCCUCGUCACCGAGCUGCGGACUCCACAAGGUCAUCAGCUGCCUUCUGCGGAUGAGGUUGCCAAGGAUGACAUCCUGGGCGCCCUAGUCCAGUACCCCGACGUCGAUGGUCGCAUUACAGACUGGGAGGCCUUUGCAAAGGAGGUCAAGUCGGCCGGUGGUAUGGUCAUUGCUGCCACCGAUCUUCUGGCCUUGACUAUGCUCAAGCCACCUGGAGAGUGGGGUGCUGACAUCGCCCUUGGCAACAGUGCUCGCUUUGGAGUCCCUCCUGGAUAUGGAGGACCUCAUGCGGCAUUCUUUGCUGUCUCUGACAAGCUGAAGCGUAAGAUCCCGGGACGUCUCGUCGGUCUCAGCAAAGACCAGCAGGGCAAGCCGGCCUAUCGACUCGCUCUGCAGACUAGGGAGCAGCACAUCCGCAGGGAGAAGGCGACGUCGAACAUCUGCACUGCCCAAGCCUUGUUGGCCAACAUGAGCGCAAUGUAUGCCAUCUACCACGGGCCGGACGGUCUGCGCAAGAUUGCCGCCAAGGUUCAUGCCCUGAUACGGUUGCUCAAGUAUGAGCUGACUCAGAUCGGCGUACGCGUCGUCAACCGUGAUGGUGCCUUCUUUGACACACUCACCAUCGACCUAGCAAAAGCCAGCGUAGGAGCCGUGCGUGUUCACGCCGAAGCAGAUAAGGCUGGUAUCAACCUUCGUCGUAUCUCAGACACGCGUGUCGGUAUCACUCUUGACGAGACUGUAGGUGUAGAGACCUUGACCGAUAUCCUCAAUGUCUUUGCCCUCGCUUUGGGAAGCAGCAAGGGCAAGGCAGCUGAGGAAGGCGUCGUCGCGCCAUACCGGCCUGCGCACGUACUACGUAUCGCUCAAGACCUCUCGCUCGAUGCAGAGUCGCUGGAGACUCUGGAGAUCUCGACUCCUCCUGCUAAAGAGCCAAAGAUCCCAGCAUCUGCUCAGUCUGGUGUCGCGACCUCACCGCAAGCUGCCAAGGCUGGCGUCAGUCAGCAGUCUCUGCCCCCAGUGCCCGACUUCAAGCGCACCUCAAAAUACCUCACUCAAGAGGUCUUCUCCGAGCAUCGCUCAGAGACGCAGAUGUUGAGGUAUAUCUACCACCUUCAAGGCAAGGACCUUUCGCUGGUCCACGCGAUGAUCCCCUUGGGAAGCUGUACUAUGAAGCUCAACGCCACUUCAUCAAUGAUGCUUCUUUCCAAGGCUGAAUUCGGUUCCCUUCACCCCUUUGCGCCUGAAGAGCAAGCGCAGGGUUACGAUGUCAUGAUCCGUGAGCUUUCCCAGGAUCUUUGCACCAUCACUGGCUUCCCUGCCGUAUCUCUCCAGCCCAAUUCCGGAGCACAGGGGGAGUUCGCUGGUCUGAGUGUCAUCAGGGCCUAUCUCGAUGGCAAAGGGCAACAAAAACGUACCGUUUGUCUGAUUCCGGGCUCAGCCCACGGUACCAAUCCGGCUUCUGCCAUCAUGGCCGGCAUGCGGGUCGUUGCCAUCAAGAACAAGGCCGACGGAACUCUUGACCUGGAGGACUUGCAAGAAAAGGCUACUGAGCACUCAGAGGAGCUCGCCGCCUUCAUGGUUACGUACCCGUCGACUUACGGAGUGUUUGAGAGUGGGAUUCAGAAAGCUUGUGAGAUUGUGCACUCACACGGCGGUCAGGUCUACAUGGACGGUGCCAACUUGCAAGCCCAAGUUGGCCUGACCAAUCCGGCGAUCAUCGGCGCAGAUGUGACUCACUUGAACCUUCACAAGACCUUCUCCAUCCCUCACGGCGGAGGAGGCCCCGGAGUCGGCUGCAUCUUGUGUGCCGAGCAUCUGGCUCCUUUCCUGCCGGGCCACCCUCUGGCAUCGGUGGGCGGAGAACAGGCCAUUGGGCCCAUCUCCGCUGCCCCCUUCGGUAGUGCUUCCAUCUUGACCAUCUCAUGGGCGUACAUCAAGCAGCUCGGCUGGACAGGACUUCGCAACUCUUCUGCCCUCGCUCUUCUGUCGGCCAACUAUAUGGCCGCUCGUCUGGCUCCCCACUACAAGCUGCGCUACACGAAUGAGAAGUCUCGGGUCGCUCACGAGUUCCUCUUGGACCUGGCUCCGUUCCAGUCCCACAUUUCCGUAUCCGAUGUAGCGAAGCGAUUGUCGGACUAUGGUUUCCAUGCCCCCACUUGCUCGUGGCCCAUCAGCACAGGGCUGCUCAUCGAGCCGACCGAGUCGGAGUCGCUUCAGGAACUCGACCGCUUCUGUGAGGCAAUGAUCUCCAUCCGAUCAGAGAUUCAGGAUAUCAUCGAUGGCAAGUCCCACUCCGAAGAGCACGGUAACGUUCUCAAGAAUGCGCCACAUACUGCCCAAGUCGUAACUGCUGACAAGUGGGAGCGGCCCUACUCCCGAGAGUUGGCUGCUUACCCCGUCGAGGGUCUGCGUGAGCGGAAGUUCUGGCCCGCGAGCGGAAGACUGGACGAUGUUCACGGAGAUCAAAAUCUGGUCUGCGAAUGUGGCAGUGUGGAUCAGUAUGCCGAGUGAGUAGUGAGGCAGCGUAAAGGCUACCUUGCCCUCCUGUCUUGCGGUCUUGCAUUUCCUCCGUCAUCUUCAACGUGACGCCACCCUUUUCCCCAGCACCUAUUCCUUGACUACCAACUUUUCAUGCCCUGCCGUUCCACCGGCCCGCCCCCGCCCC